GGUACUCGUGGUUCUUUCUUCGACCACUGACUUCAUCAUUCUCACUGAGUGACGGAUUAACUAAAGCGAAUCCAUGGGGGAUUGGCUUCUUUCUUAACCUUGUUUUAGCUCUUGCUUGGCAAACCCUUCGAACUUCUUCCACUCACUGGUUUUUAUUUCCUUGUGUUCCAUCCCUCUCUUCUCAGUCAACAAAGCAGAACCCGUCAAAACAGUCGCAUUUUAUUCAAAGGUCCCAACAAGACAUUUUGCCGGGGUGAGCGGAAUACUUACUCUUAACCCUGCGUGUCUGCCUGACGGCGACACGUUCUAGGGUUUUUGUCUUACUCCGCCAAAAUGUUCCGGAGACGAAGGAGGAGCGCGUCGCAUCAUCAGCAGCCCCUUUCGACAUCUAAUGCGCAAUCGGCCCAGUCUGCCGCCUCCCAUGCUUUCCUCAAGUCUCAACCGUCCUCAUCGAGUCUUUCAUCUGCCGCCGCUGCUGCUGCCUUACGGAGUCUCACACCCACUCCGACUCCAGUGGAAAAUGUCCAGACGAAGAGAAUGAUCCAGCGGCGCGCCUCUGUUGCCUCCCAGUCUAGUAUCGCCGGUAGUCUGCGCCCUUCUAGCCAAAAUACCCUUCGUCGAGCCAAUAGCUCAAGCUCUAUGAGCAAUCGGACCUUCCGGGAUCAAUCCCCUCGUCGUCCGGUUUCCAGCUCCGGACCAGUUCCCAUCGCCCCUCCCAUCCCUUCAAUCCCCCGGGAAUAUGCGACCCGGACGCCCCCAAAUCGGCGCUCAGUUAGUGUCGGGCCGUCCUUGCGACCAACGUCCCCUGUGAAGCGGCAGCCAUCGGGCCGAGGAGUAAGCGUCGACCCGGCUGCCAGAGGCUCUAUUAGCCAGCCACCAGCUCAUGGCCACGAAUUGGACCAGAUACCAGAGCUCCAGAGAGCUGGAAGUAGAAAUUCGAUCAACUUCUCCUACCCGAUGAACUCUCGGCCCAAUUCCCCGACCCUGGCUUCUGAGCCCCUAGACAGACGUGACACUUCCGCUUGUGCAUCCCUAGCUAGCCAAUUAUCAUCUCCUGAUUCCCCCAAGACCCAGAAAUCCUCUCUGCAGACUGCCAAUACUUCUGCGCGGAGGAAGACAAGGGGGGGUCUCUCGGGCAGUCCCGGGAGAAGUGUCCAGCCGGUAGACACUGCGAUCCUCGCAGCACAAGCAGCGAUCGUACCCCGAAGCGAGGAAGCGGCAUAUCAGCCAUCCCCUCCUCGCUUAGCUGCGCCCCGAGACCAGAAUACUAGAGACCUGGCAUAUAAAGCUCCUUCAGCUCGAGAGACUGGUGGUCGGUCAGUAUACGACCAGCCAGACCAGCACCAGCCUCAUGAUCCUCCUGCGUUCAGUCAGCAGCUUCCAGAAACAGACCAUAAACAGCCGCCACGUCCGGUUCUGAUGAAACGACCUUCGACUGUCCCUGAAGACUACCCGGGGGAGGAACAUGCAGAGGCAGACACUCCGGCGGAAGGGGUCGAGCAUGGGCCUGCCGAGCGUUCGUUGCCCGAGACCAGGUUGACAGUCCGGACGCCAACACCUGAAAAACUAAAGGACCCAUUACCGGGUUCUAUUGUCAGCUCACCAGAGUCUACUAGCUCGAUCGGUCCUGAACAGGAAUCUCGGCAGCUGCAAGCUCGCCCGCCGAGCAGCAGUCCGGGGAGAUCGACUCGCUUCUCCAGUCAGCUCUCGGUUAUGGGUCUUGUUGGCGAACAUCUGCACCAACCUCCUCCCCGGUCAGUGUCUCCCGCCAAAUCAGCUAUGAAGAAUCCGAGAAAAUGCUCACUGUCUCCUGAGGGAAGAACUGGGGUAGUGCUGCGGCCCGGCCCAGCUCUAAGCGAGCUCUCGGAUGGGACAUCUGUGGGAUCCGAUGAGGGUUCUAGACUUGGGUUCCGAAGAAAGCCUGUUAAGGUUAGCUUUGAUGACGAGGCGGAAAUUGUUGGGGUGGCUGCGAGCCCACCAACCUCCCUAGAAGAUAUCGGUUUUGAGUCGCCUCCUGUGAAGCCCAAGGGGAAGACAUGUUGGUUUGGAAUGGGUAAAAGGAAAUCUGCUACUGUGGGGUCGGAUGAAUUUGAUGAAGUAUUCAAGCCUCGACCUGAGCUCCCUUCGUUUGGGAGCAUACGAAAGGCGAGGGAUGGCGAGCAGCAAGAACCUGCCCGGCAAGAUAUAAGUGACAAUGAAUCGACGACUUCCUCAGAUCCUACUGUGUCUCCGAUUUCCUUCUCGAGUGACCAUGCCAUUGGAUCUAUCAUCUCAAACACACAGUCACGAGACGCCAAUCCACAUGCACAAUUAGAUCGAACAGUAUCACCUACACCUGCGGCGGCAGCUCAGAGUGGCGCACCAAUGGAGGGACUAGGCGAAAAUAGUUUUGUUUCAGAUCGAGGGCCGCAAACUGCACAGGAUGCUCAGUCAGCCUCGUUAAACUCACAUCAAGAGGCGAAGCUGGAGACAAGCGAAAACUUGGCAGUCCCUGGGAUUGCAGUUCAACUAGCUACCCCGGAAGGCGAAAGAGGGCGGUCGAGCCUUGACUGGUAUACCGUACCGGGAGGAUUUCCACGGUCAUCUUUGGAAGUUGAUCCCACAAUUCACGACUCUAUUAGGCGAAAAGGCAAGAAGCAAGCUCCAGGCGAUCCUGCGGUUGAUGCGACUCGGAGCAAUGUGAGCGAUGAGGACGAAUCCGGCGAGAGCAUCUACAGUGAUGCCGAGGAAGGACUUGAGGGAGAUGGUUUUGGUUCUAUCAAUGCUGUGGUUGAUGAGCCUACGUCCACCCAGCGCAAAGAUGCAGUGGAAAUCAAUGAGACCACGGAUAACAACAUACACAACAUUGAGCAAGUACCUACGAACUUGACUGACAUUCCGCAAACCUGUCAAAUUGCUCGCGUGGCAAAUUUAGUACAUACUAUAUCCCUCUCACCGGUUCCAGAAUCCCCAAACUCUUCACAUGAACGGCUUCCAUACUCGUCUCCGUACCCGCCGUUUCCCACGCGGUCCAACAGUAGGACGAAUGUGCGAGAUGCCCCCCGCUCCACUGGCCCUACGGGUACAGUAAGACGGUCUAAUUCAGUAAACGCUCCCAGCGGUCGCCCUGCGCGUGAAGCAACUAAUUCGGUUGUUCAUGGCCCGUUACAACCACAGUCUGGAAAUGUUUCCAAUCAACCGCGUCACAAGGUUGGCGAUGAACAGAUCAAGAAGCGACCCGCUUCGUGGGCCCCAAACUUGCUGAAAGGUAGUAUUGAUGACGAUGUAUAUGUUAAUUGGAACGGCUCCGAGCCUCAAAGGCCACUAUCACACGGUAGUGACUCAUCCAGCAGCUUCAAGAGAUCAAAUCGCCCCCGGACAGGAUCCCCACAUACGAUACGACGAACUCUACGCGGUCACUCAAACAGCCCAUUCCGGACUAAUUCCCCUCAAAGUACAAAAUUGGCACCUACCAAUAGCCGGCCUCUUUCAUCCGGCUCAAGUACUGGUGCUCUACGUGCUACUCUGCGAUCGAACGAUCCUCGACGUGAGAAACCUGCUUUCUUCUCUACCGGAAAAGUGCAGAAGGCCAGGAUUCCAAAGCCUUCGGGGGCAUUAUUCACGUCACGAUUCGCAGAGUCAGAUGAUGAGCAGGGUACAAAUCAAAAAAAAUGGCAAAGUCGGUUUGAAGAUUCGAGCGACGAUGAAGAACGCGUAGUGAAUAAUCUCCCUCCCGUUCGCGGCAUACCCCGACGUCAAGGCGCUCAUGAUGGUGACUCAACAGAAUUAGAGGAUAGCUCCGAUAAUGAACGACCUGGCUUAGUUUCUAGGGCUACAAAGACGAAAGAAAGUGACGUCAGAACUACUCGAAACCCUGCGCUUGCCGCUGUGGCUAAAUCUCGCGGGAUGUCCGAGGAAGAAAUGGAGGAGUUUCUCCGACAACCCAGUGGACGCAAAGGCAGUUUAUUCCAUCGUUUAAGCAUUAGGAAACCUAAAGCACCGUCGGAGCGUGGGACUUCCCGAUCUCGCUCAGAAGCUAGGAACGAUUCUCUAGAUCCUGAACAAGUGCGGGAGAACCCUUUGCUUGACGGUGCUCGGGGAAACACUGUCACCACGAUAACCACAAACAAUAUUAGGCCAUCCUCCUCUCCUAGGCGGCUCAGGAGGGGGAUCUCCAGAUCUUCGAAUGGCGAUAGUUGGCCCCUCCGCUCCGAUCGCAAGGAGGCGGACGCAGGUGCUCCGCUCUUGACUCUGCGUUCCUCUGAGCGACCCCGAACGGCAGAUGAAGCCUUUCGAAAUGGCAGCACGGCGUCGAACGCCGUAGAUGCUAGCACCAGGAAAGCCGAUCUAGGUGGUACCAAUGCCACAGAUGCCAUAGACGUGGAAUUCGCCUCCGGUCGAAAGAAGCGAUUCCCCCGACUCCGGAAGGCGUUUGGCCUACGAAACUAGACAUGGUCUGCUUUAGAGUAUGCAUUCUAUUCUUCUUACCAUAUCUAUGGAAUAUCUGCUUUAAUAUUUUCCUCGUUUAUUUAUUUAUAAUACAUUUGCCUGCUAUCUCUAUCUAGAGGGCUCCAGGUAGAAGGAGUUGGUGGAAUAAGGAAACAGAGACUAAUGAGAUACGGC